AUGCCUGAGAAGUUGCGUGAAGAUGCUCUUCAGCAUAUGGACUGGAAGAGGGCUUUGGCCAACCAGAAGGAAGAGCAGCUGCGGGCUUUCCUCGCCGACUAUCCAGCAGAUUUGCGGAAGAAGGUGCAGGAGAUGCACCAGGCCUUGGAGGCAAAGGACUACGAGAGGCUCCAGGAAGCUGCGCAGCAGGUCAUGGGAUCUGCCUCCUUCAUUGGUGCAACGCAGCUCCACAACUGCGUGUCGGACCUUGUCGAGGCGAUCGACUUGGAGUCCAAAGAGAGCUACAUUGUUGAUAAGACUGCAAGGGCAGCCAAAGAGGCAGAAGAAUUGGAGAGAGAGCUUGUGAGGGCAGGGUUUGCUCAGGACAGCUCUCCUGCAGCGGCCAACAAUGCCCAUGCUUGCUGCGCCCUACUGUAG